AACUUUUAGAGAUGUUCAUUUUAAACAAGACAAAAUCGAAUUUUCGGUGAAUUAAAAAAUCGGAUAUCUAAAGUAAUAGGCCAUGUCCCAUUGGAGCCGACCCUUGACUGUUUGACCAAUUGACCCUUCCACAUAGGAUAAGAGACAAAAUAAAAAAAAAAAAUAAAAAAAAAGAGCGGUGUUGCACGCGAGAAAUCCACGCAAUCUCCUAAGUAGUAUAAUAAUAAUUAAAAAAAAAUGCCAGCUUAAAACUUAUAAGCAGUGACAUCUACCUUUUGUUUUUGUUGCUUCUUCCAAGCUUCCUCCCGGCCGCAAGUGUGUCAAUUUGCCUGCCUCCCUCCCUUAUCUUUUGGUUGGUUUCUAUAAAUACUCUUUAUUCUUCUGGUUCUUUUCAUUUGACUAACUCUCUUCUUUCUGGCACCUAAAUAUUCAAGAAAACUUUAUUAAUUGCAUCUAGACCUCUUCUUUCUGUCUUUGUUUCUUACGCGAGUACUAGUUUUAUUAAUUUCAAGCUCGGUUGAUUGUUUUGGUUUAUCAAAUUCGUUAUGGAGUACUCAUCAUCAAAAUGGUUCAGCGCUCCUUCUUUUGAUCUCACUAAUACUAAUAAUACCCUUCGCCUUUUCGACGAUGCCCCCGUAAGAGAUCUUCCCAACAUCGUCAAGCCUGCCUCGUCUCCUCCUCCUCCUAUCACUGCCACUACCUCCAAUCAAUUUACUACCAAUCUUUGGCCCAAACAAGAGCAGACAGGAGAAUUAGUAGAGGAAUUGAAUAGGGUGAAUGCAGAGAACAAGAGGCUAACAGAAAUGCUUACAGUCGUGUGUGAAAACUACAAUGAUUUGAAGAGGCAGUUGGUUGAUUACAUGAGCAAGACUUCCAAUUCAAGUAACGAUAUCAACAACAACAACAACAACAACAAUAAUAAUAAUAAUAAUAAUAAUAAUAAUAAUAAUAAUAAUAAUAAUGUGAACAAGAAGAGGAAACUCGACAACACCAAUAUUGUUAGAAACACUAACAACAAUAACAAUAUCGUCGAGAGCAGCUCUAGCGACGAAGAAGAUUCCUACGAAAAGCCCAAAGAAGAAACAAUUAAGGCUAAGAUCACAAGGGUCGCUGUUCGAACCGAAGCUUCUGAUUCAACCCUGAUCCUCAAGGAUGGCUACCAAUGGAGGAAAUAUGGACAAAAAGUGACUAGAGAUAACCCUUGCCCUAGAGCUUACUUCAAGUGCUCAUUCGCUCCUACUUGUCCCGUUAAGAAGAAGGUUCAAAGAAGUCUUGAAGACCAGUCAAUGCUAGUGGCAACCUACGAAGGAGAACACAACCAUCCAGCCCCAGCACAACAAGAGGGUGCUGCACCAUCGGCCUCCAGCCGGUCCAUCGCCCUUGGCUCGGUCCCAUGCAAUGCCUCGUCAGGUCCCACCGUCACUCUUGACCUAGCCAAGUCCAAGUCCAACGCUAACGAAACCACAGCUGCCACCACCAACAGCAGCAGCAACAACAACAGCAACAGCAACAACAACAACAACAGCAACAACAACAGCAACAACAAGGUGUUGAAUAGCACACCGUUGUCCAAUAACCAGUUGCCCAAGUUUAGUUCAGCAGAAUUCCAAAAACUAUUGGCUGAGCAAAUGGCCUCUUCCUUGACUAAAGAUCCAAACUUCACAGCAGCCCUUGCAGCUGCUAUUACCGGCCGAUUCGUCCAGCAAACUUCAAGUGAUUAAUUAUACAUUUAUUUGGAAGAAAAAUUCGAUUAUUAGGAAUGAAUUUGCACGUACAAUUUCAAGUUUGUCAGAAAUGCCUUAAUUUGAAGGCCGGUGUAGGAAAUUUGUUUAGGCAAUUGUACAGAUUGAUCACACUUAUUAUUAUUCCAGUGUUGAAUUUCAGAGAUAUUGAUCCAAUAUUAAUAUUAGUCAUCAUAAAUAUAUUUUUUUUGAAUCGUA